GUUCUUCGCUCUGUGCUGCUGUUUCCGACGAUAGAGCGCAUGGCUCAGUCGCCUCAAGGAAAGCUCAUGACCCCUUUGCUGUGCAAACUUCGUUACAUUCUGUACAUGCCCGUCUACCUGCUCUCCUUCCUACCGGAGGGGGUCAAAGCCUCCCUGGUGCGGUUUGCUCUGCGAGGAAUGAAGACCUGUGAUGAAUCUUCCAUAACAACCUCUGUAAAUCUGUUCAGCGUGGACUGCAUUGCCAACAUCUUGUAUAUGGCAAGCCAAGAAAUGAUGAAGGUUGUGGAGAGAGACAGUACAACCAUAAAGCAAAAUUUAAAGAAGCUGAUUUUUUACUAUGGAACUGGAGACAGCUGGUGUCCACAGCAGUACUACGAAGAGAUCAAAAUGGAUUUUCCAGACGGGGACAUUCGACUUUGUGAGAAAGGGCUCCGCCAUGCUUUUGUACUAGAUGCCAGCAAGGAGAUGGCUGCCAUGAUUACAGACUGGUUACAGGAUGAUCUGACCAAAUUAUAA